ACGAAUUCGCAUAAAUAAGCAACUGAGAAAUCUCGUCUCGCUACCAAUCCUCUCUCUCUCGCACAGCAAUGCAAGAGCUCUGUGAUCUGAAAGUCCAUAUCAAUGGCCAGCAUACAUUCUUCCUGAAUCAGAAAAUCAUCUCCUCAUUCUCUGGAAAAUUGGAAAAGAUGAUAAAACAAGAAAACAAGAAAACCCAGAUCAAGAUCAACGGCUUCCCAGGUGGGCCACAUGGGUUCGAGUUGGCCACAAGAUUCUGCUACAACAAUGGACGGAUACAGAUCACCCCAUCAAACAUCUCUAUCCUCUACUGCUCUGCAAUCUUCCUUGAAAUGACGGAAGAAAUCUCAAGCUGCAAUCUCCUACAGCAGACAGAAACCUUCCUCGAUGGGCUUUUCUAUUGGACUUGGGCUGAUAUCUUGGAGUCCUUAAAGGCCUGUGAUUCUUUCUUCUCAUCUGCAGAUUCUUCAGGCCUCCUUCAGAAGCUCAUCUCAUCUCUUCUAGUGAAAAUCAAUGCGAAUUCAGAUUCUCUUCUGACGGCUUCCUCUUCAUCGUCUUCUUCAUCUCCUGAAACUCCAUCUGGUUUCAGAUUCUCUUCUUCUAUCAAAACCCCAGAUUCCUUCAAACGUUCUUCUUCAAAUAAAGCAUCAUGGUGGUUUGAUGAUCUGACCAUUCUACCCCCGAUGAUUAUCGGAAAUAUCGUCAAGGCCAUGGAUGAUCUCGGGCCGGAUAGUAACACCCUCAUCAUUAUCAAAUUCCUCUUGCAUUACCUUAAAACCAAUCUCCGGCGUAUCGGAUUGGGGCCCGAGUAUCGCAGCCUCGCAGACAUUGCAGUGGAUGGGGUGGUUUCCAUGGGCAAAAGCGGGUUUUCGUGCAGGGGGCUGUUUUGGGUGUUGAGAGUAGUGAGUGGUGUGGGGCCCAGUAGGGAGUGCAGGAGCCGAUUAGAGGCGUUGAUUGGUGGGGUGCUCGAUCAAGCGACGUUGGAUGAUCUGCUGGUGUCAGGGCAUGAUGGGGGUGUUUAUGAUGUUAAUCUGGUUUUGAGGCUGAUAAGAGUUUUUGUUAAUGGGGAAGAUGGAAUGUGUUUGAUGAAGUUGAAGAAGGUUGGGAGAUUGAUUGAUAAAUACAUGGGUGAGAUCUCUCCUGAUCAGAGCUUGAAGGUUUCAAAGUUCCUCGCUGUUGCUGAGAGCUUGCCAGAUUCUGCUAGAGACUGCUAUGAUGGGGUCUACAGGGCUAUAGACAUUUAUCUUGAGUCGCACCCGAUGGUCCCUGCAGAGGAGCGGGCAAGGCUAUGCAGAUGCCUGAACUAUGAGAAGCUGACGCUGGAAGCGUGCAAGUACCUAGCAAAGAGUCCAAAAAUCCCCCCAAGGAUUGCAAUCCAAGCACUUAGCUCCCAGCAAUCCAAGUUCCAAUGCAAAGAGGCCAGCAAUAACAAGGAAACAACCGACACUCGUGUCGUUACAUAUGUGGGGCCACCGCCGCUGCUGGAUAUGGACAAGGACACUUCAGUGGACAAGGAAGAGAUGAGAUUGAAUCUUCUGAGAAUGCAAUUUAGGGUGAUGGAACUAGAGAAUGUGUGUAGAGAGAUGAAGGGUCAGAUGUCAAAGAUUGUAAAGGAUAAUAAGGUCAUAAUCAGUCCUGGCCACAAUAGAUCAAUGCCCAAACUUUGUUGAUUCCUUCCCUCUCUCUUUUUCUCUCAUGAAAUGUGUUCAGUUGUCAUACAUUGUAUUUUUUUGGUGAUGGUUGAGAUUAAAGGGUAUUUUGGUAAUUUUGUAUAAUGAAAGUGUAAAUAGGGGCAUAAAAUGUAUGUACGGUGGGUGAGAAACAUGUGGGAGCAGAGCAUUGGUUUUGGUCCAUU